AGGUGUACUAGCGUUCUGCUCCUAAACGGCUAGAAUGCGCUUACAAAUGCUCACCCGGAAAAAGUUGCUUCAAGUGGAACGCGCCAAUCAAGGACUACAAUGUCAGCUACUUCCUUAUAGUCGAACGAUGGCAACUCAUGAAGUCGCCAAUAAGUCGAAGUUAAUAAAAAGGCGGCUCCAGUCCAAGUAACUUUGUCCGAUGUUAAUUGUCAAACAAACCCCUCUUCACCAUUAGAAACUCGGAAUUAACACUCAAUCGACUCGAAACUCCGGGCUUAGGUUCUUUCAAGUUCUAAUCAUUUACAUUCAUAUAUACUGGUUCUUGGUAAUACGGUGUAAGCUUGAUGCCGACGGCGACAUUGAAACUCAGGACGAAAUCGAGGCACGGAUGUUGGACGUGUAAAGCGCGAAAGGUCCAAUGUGACCAAAGCGUGCCCACAUGUCGGAGGUGUACCACAGCUCAUCGAGAGUGCGAAGGUUACGGACUCCGCCUGUCAUGGCCAAGAGACAACGAUAGGAAGCGUGCGAUUAGGCUGGAUUUGCCGAUUGCCAGUACGCGAAGACAGGUGCGACAUGGGGACGGCAAUCCACUCAUUAAUACGACCUUUAAAGAUAUUGAAUUCUAUCAGUAUCUGUCCUCUCCAGACGUUCCAAAGCCUCCGUGCACCAUCCUUCCUGGCCCAAAACUAUGGAGAAGCCCUCAGUUAGAGGUGCCUCGCAAGGAACUGCUAUUCUACUUCCGAGAAGCUGCUCACUUUUCGCUGGUAACGUUUAGUGCAAUCACGGCGCAUAUUCGCGAUGUAAUCAUGCACAUGAUAUUCACGCAAGAUACGCUGUCAAGACAAGCCCUCUUUCAUGCGGUACUUGGCUUUUCAUCUCUUCACCGCAGUGGAGCGAACCGCGAAGCGAUGGCCUUUAAGGUCGCUGCGCUGGCGGCGCUCUCCGCUUCUGCGAAAGAAGCCGCUCAGGGGCCAAUUGAAGCUGCUCAGCAUGUUGCCGCCUGUAUGGUUCUGUGCGCUUUCGAAAUUCUGCUACCGUCGGAAAACUCUGGCGAGUGGCUUCUGUAUAUCCGGGGGGCGGUGGAAAUUGUGAAGCGCGCUCAAUUAGAUAAUCAAUGCAAUAAUGGCGACCUCCUGGACUGGGUUUACUUCCACGAUUCAAUGUCUCAAUUCACGCUAUAUCAUUGGCGACACAAGAAUCUGACAGCAGAGGUUACGGAGACCACGGUUAGCCCCGUGCUGUCAACUAGUCAACGCUCACCUUCAGUAGAGAAGAGAACUGGCUCACUCUUCCAUAACCGUCCUCAUGCGAUACUAGACGUAUUGUCCGAGAUAUGCGAAGUACUGCUAGAUCCCCAUGACCCUAGAAGCCAUGAGAUCGCGUACCAGGACCGUCUCAGAGCCCUGGAGUGGAAGGUAGACAAUCUGCCAUCGCUUCCGUCUUCAGUCAUUGAGCUAGACGAGACGAUGAAUGAUAUUGAAUACACGGCGCAGCUGUACCGGCUAUCCACCCGCGUGUAUCUCGCCCGUGCUUCACAAGAUCCACAGCAGCCCGUUGCAGACCUGGACGCUAUAGUAGAAAGUGCAUUCGCCGGGCCUGUGCGAAACUGUUACUGUCGCCAUUUCUUCCCAUUGCUGAUCAUCGCGGGCGAAGCGCGUACAGAUGAACAGCGAGUAGCCAUCAUGAACUUGAUCGACCGAACUGAGAAGAACGGAUAUGUGCGUAGCAUGAAGGCGUUCAGGGCACAGGUGCAAUCGUUCUGGAUACAGCAGGAUCUUCAUGCGGAUGGCGAACCUAUCCUUGACUAUCUUGGGCUGAUGAAGGGUAUAGUUAGCUCCGACCGUGUUCUUCCGUCAUAUGUAUAAUUUCAACUUUCUAUCAAUCAUAGAUUCUCGUACAUAAUGAGCCCCAUAGAAUAUACUGCGUCAGCCGAAUAGCGUGUCAUUUAAUAAGUACUUACCAAAAAUAUGAUUUUGAUUUGUGUCUGCUCUGUCU